CUCCUUCACCACACCUCACUUGCGCCCACCUCUCACUGCGCCGAGCCUCUCUCCCUUUUCCCACUUAGAGGCCACCCACUCCUCAAUUAACCCUCAUCCACUCCUUUGCCCACCUCGCACAUCAUCCAUCUCCCUCCUUCGGCGCAUCCCACCUUGCUGCCAUCUCCUUCAUCCACCUUCUCGUCGCCCAGGUGACCGUGACCUUGCUUGUCGCAAGCCUUGUCGUCUGCUCAGUUGCUAGCCGACUGUCGUAUCACUGAACUCUCUCCCCUCUCUUGAUCUACUAAACACACAGUGACCAUGGGUCUCAACUACUACGCCUCGUCGCCAACCGUCGUGCUCCCACCACCACAGCCGCAUGACCAUUUCGCUCACCAACGUUCUCACUCGCCGAGCACUUUCCGCCCAAAGUAUCCUACGCCGCCCUCGCUCAACUAUCUAGCAGCUGUGUCCAAUGCCACAGCCGGGCGAAAACGAUCCAUCGCCGACGUCGACGACCCCGAGGAGAACCAACCAGUCGGAGCGGUUGUCACUCCAGCGCCCGCGAAGCCCAAGCCUGAACCCAUCUACGGCCCAGGGAUGACGCUCAUCUACCCUGGCGAGCCCGGCUUCAUCAUCUCAGCCGAGUCGCAAACCGGCACAUGGUGCGAAGAAAAGAACGAAAAGGAAGAGAAACCUCACCCCGUCCGACCCAUCGCUGUCUCGCGCAAGUCCCAACGGAUGGACUCGGCGACCGAUAUCACCAUUCCAUCGCUAAACGACACGGUCGCCCAGAAGACCGAGAACAUCAUCGACGAACACGGCAACACCAUCGACGCGCUCAUCGCGUCGCUCGGGGUCGGCUGGAAAAACGUCAUGACCAACCCAGCACUACGCGACGCCGCACGCGCCUACUCUCGCGUCAUUGAGAACCACUUCGAUCUCACCGAGGCCCUAGUCAUGCUUGAAAAGGAGUCCUUGUCAGCCUACCUCGUACGCGCCAAGCAGCAUGGUGUCCAAGGCUACUGGCUCUUCUCUGAUAGCCUCCAGUGGUGCCAGCUCGUCGGAUGGUCUCUGCAGCGAACCGUGCACAACCUCAUGGCCGGCCCUGUCCCCCGAGUCGAAGGUGAACGCAUCAACGCUCGUGAACGGACUCCAUCGGAACCCGCGACCCCGCCAUGUCAGGACAUGGACAUGGCCGUGCCUGUUGCUGAUGUCGACGCGAUGGAAAUGUGAUGGACACGCUGCGAACUCCUGCCUCCUGUUCUUCCUUCCCUCACACCAUGUACGGCAACAACAUGUUUCGGCCUAUUUCGCGUCUUCGCAUCUUCGAUCUGGAACUUCUUCGAUGGGAACUCGGCGUUCGACGGUGGACGGAUUUGCUCACUGGGGCGGACAUGUAUUGACCAUGUAUUUUAGCUUUUGCUCUCCACUGCGGCAGCUCGAUCGCCCAAUUCGGUCGCGCCGCAUGUGCUCAUACCUACUAAACAACGAAGCACUAAACAAUGAAAAGAAAUA